ACAACGCCGUUAAGCCAGCACAUUCAAGAGUCGGACCGUUAAAUUCCUAUCUCCUUGUUUGCUCAGGAGAAAAAAAGAAACCCUCAUACUGUCUCUCUGGAUACAGUAUUAUUUUCUGUUUCUACAAUCGCUGCCGUCGGAACCAUAAGGGUUGGGAUUAGGGUUACUUGGGUUUCGAACAUGGGCAGGAGGGAGAAGCGGAGAGCGAAGGUCGAUCUAGACGAGGAAGAGAAAGCAGCAGACGCUGGAAAGUCUUCGAAGUCGUUUCUGAUAUUGAGCAGCAGCGACGACGAGGACGCGAAGGAGGAUCCGAGCCUGAAGAUUGUUGAGAAAUCCCUAUUGAUGCGCGCCGCGAAGCUGGCUCCGGACGACGCCGUUUUGGGUGAAACUAGCGGUGGCGGUGGAUCUUCUGGUGUGGUGGCGCUGUCUUCGUUGUCGGCGUUGGAAGAAGAGGCCGUUGAAGUCACCGGCGGGGUCGGUGGCAGUGACGCAAAUGUUGGUCCGGGGGCUGGGGAUUUGGGGAGGAAGAAGGUUGUGAAGAGGGUGAGGAAGAAGAAGAUUAAGAAGAGGGAAGUUGGAGAGCAAACCGUCAUUGUUUCAAAAGACGAAGAGAAGGUAGAGACCGUGAAGGUGUCGGAUAUUGUUGAGUCCGUGGAACCAACUGCUGUUGAAAUAACUGACAAUAUCGUGUUUCGGAAGCUUCUUCGGGGACCAAGGUAUUUUGAUCCUCCAGAUAGCGGUUGGGGAACAUGCUUUAAUUGUGGGGAAGAAGGUCAUACAAUGGCGAAAUGUACAGCAGUUAAGCGGAAGAAACCAUGCUUUGUUUGCGGGAGUUUGGAGCACAGUGCAAAGCAAUGCUCAAAGGGACAAGAUUGCUUUAUCUGCAAAAAGGGUGGCCACCGAGCAAAAGACUGUCCAGAAAAGCACAAUGGUGGUUCUUCAAGUUUGAAAAUUUGUUUAAAAUGCGGAGUUUCUGGACAUGAUAUGUUUUCAUGCUGGAAUGAUUACUAUUCACCUGAUGAUCUCAUGGGAAUACAAUGUUACAUCUGCAAGAGAUUUGGCCAUUUAUGUUGUGGUAACUCUGUUAAUAGUAGCCCAAGAGUGAUUUCUUGUUAUAAAUGUGGUCAAUUGGGCCAUACUGGUUUGGCAUGCACAAAGAUACGUGGGGACGAAACUGGUACAGGGUCAUCUAGUUCAUGCUACAAGUGUGGUGAAGAAGGUCAUUUCGCCCGUGAAUGCAUGAAUUCUGCUAAGGCUAACAAGAGGAGUCGUGAAUUUUCUACCCCAACUCUGAGAUUUCGCAGAGAAGAGAAAGACUACUCAGAAUUCAAAUCUGUGCCUCUUGAUCGCAGUAAGGUUCAUAAAAGGAAGAAAACCAGAAAUGAUGAAAAAGGCAUUGCAACACCACAAAAAUCAAAACACAGAGGUGGCUGGAUAGUGGAGGAUCCUGGUGACUUCUCCCAUAGAAAAUCUGAAAAGGGCAGCUGGAGGUCUCCAGCGACACCAUCUAGUAAGGGUCAUAAGAUAGCUGGUUUAACUGCUGGUGGUCACAUUUCAAGUUCUCGAUCAUCCAAAAAAUCAAGCACUGUUCGUUCUGGAUCUUCAACAUCACAAGGAUGGUCUAACGGUUUUCAGCACAGAUUUUCAGCAGCAAGGUUUGGCAAUUCCAGCAGUGAGGGGAUGCAGAGAAAUUACAGUUGGUGGUAGGAACCCAAGUUGAUGUAUGAACAAAAGCCACAACUGGAGAUAAAUCAAAAGUAUUGAUGCUUAGGUUCCCCUUUUGGGUUCCUCCCACACUUUAAUCUUAGAUUUGGAACUGAUCUACACCCUUUUUUUUUACGCUGGUGAGGCAUGCUUCUACUUUGAUCUAAACUUGGCUACAUCAACCUCCUCUCUCUCUUUUUUUUUUUUUAAUUUUACGACGAGGAACCCCUCCAAGGUAGGGUCAUUUUGUGUACCCCACCCCUGUUAGGUAAAUCUCGAAUCCGUGUAAAACGCCCCUCCAUACGGAUCGGGUAAUACUUCAGCUUCGCCCGCGGGUUGACUGCAUCAACUUCUUAAGAGCUUCAUGAUCCUUGUAGUGUUGAGCUUUAUUCUGUUAACCUUUUGAUUUGCUUUUAGAAGCCGUCUUUCAAGGCAUUGCCAUGUUGAGAGUACAUGUCACCAGGAAAAUUUAUUUUCAGUAAUGUAGUCAAACACCUCCCAUCUUUUCUUUUCUUUUCUUUUUUCUUUCUUUGUUCUUAAAUUAAAGCUACGAAAAUUUGCAAAUAUAAUUACCAAACUGUUGGUUUUCAAAUAUAAUAUAGGUUUCAUCUAAUGUGGAAUUUUGAUAAGGGAAUGUAUCUAUUGAUAUACAUAGUGAGAUGAUGACUUGGAGGUGCUUUGGAAAUGUAAUGCCACAUCCAAUUCUUUUUUCAUAAGAAUGAAUGCACUUUCUACUGA